UUCUGCCGUUAUUGUUUCGUUGCGUCGCGUGCCAGUGAUAUCGGUGUCGUCCAAUGCUUGAUGAUCGUCGUGUUGCAGUAAUUAGUGUACGUACACGCGAAUGUUAACCUUAUUCUCGCGAGUGAUUAGUGCAACGACGAAGUAACGAGGGGAGAGGAGAGGAGAGGAGGAGGCGGCCACGGUGGCAUCAGGCGUCGACGGAACAACCUUUGGAUUAAUGUAGCUGUGUCACAAUUCCGCUGCUGCGCAUCGGUCCGUCACCCGUGUAUGACUGUGUGCCUGCAUACAGGCGCCUAUAGCGAUCAGAUGAUCAUUUAAAGAAUGGCCGCGAAAGCAGCGAGUAAGACCGCGUUGCGGUAUUUUCUGGGAACAUGUGUGCCUUCGUCGAAGCAGAACGCCGCCAAAGUGAGAGUACCACGUUUGCAAUUCGACGAUUAUAUUCACAUGUACUUCAAAGAGCACGAUUUCGUUUAUGCCCACGAUCCAAAGAAGUUGUGCAAAACCGGCGACGUGAUUUUAAUAAAGACAUUACCAGAGAAAUUAACGCGCCUGAUUACGCACGAGGUUGUUGAGGUGGUACAGCCUUUGGGUGAUAUAGUAGAUCCAGUCACAGGGAAAGAGGUUGUCGCAAGUAGAUACAGGGAAGAUAUAGAGGAAGAGGCUAAAUUAAUUGGCAAAACAAACUCGGCAUUUGAUUACUCGAAAGCAUCACGAAGAGGAAGAUUGGAAGGUAUACGAGAUUUUACUCACAAAAAGAUGUAUGUAAAAUAUUAUGAAGACGCUAAUGAUCCCCAACCAGACACUGUUCCUUCAGUACUGUAAAAUACUACUGUAUUCAAAAACUUAAUAAUUAAUAAAUUUCAAUAUAAUAGAAAGUAUAUAUUACAAAUUA